CAGUGUCGUUUUUGAACCUAGAAGGGGACAUGUGGAGGAAAAGGGGCAGGGAGCCCACAUGAUCAGAAUGAGACAGGCGCUGAAAGAGUUCUCCAAUCUCUUGCUAGUCGUGCUCUGUGAUUAUGUUCUCGGAGCAAUGGAAUAUCUUCUGCUAGAACAACCAACUCAUGUAGCUUUAAGCAACAGUACUAUCUCACUGGAGUUCCGUCAUUAUUAUGGUGGGAACGUGACGCUGAAAAACACGUCCAUCUUGCUGCUAGAAGCAGGCACCAACCAAACCGUUGCCAAAAAAGUGCUCCCACAAAGCCAGUAUGAAGAUAUUGUCGUAUUUGAAUGUUAUCAUUUUAAGAAUGCGGGGACCUACUGGUUCAGAAGGGUCUCUGAAAUCAGCAAUGGCACUGAUACCCAGUGGAAUGAAGAGAGACUUCCUCUCAGCGUGGAGUGGCCUGAGUUUCAUAUUGAUCUAAGGACCUCAGAGAGACUUGGGAAUUCCCUUCAGCUCGGGCUGUUUACCAAUGAAUAUUUAUGUCCGAUAAAUAAGACGGUGAUUUCUCUGGAUGUAAUACUGACCAGCAGCUUAUAUGAUUUAGGAAAACUGAUCUCAAAUGAGACUGUAGGCCUGAGAACUCGCAAAGAACUGUCUCUUUCUAGGUCCCAGUGGGUCACGGUUGACUGCCAUGUGGUUGGCCAGUCAGCCUAUGUGGCAGCCUUACUGAGAUCAGCGAAGUCCCAUUCAGUUAUUGCUUCAACAGGACCUGUAGACAUUGGGCACCGAUUUGGAUACAAGAUCAUUGUGACACAAGAAACAAUAUGCGAGUCUUCCAUUGUGGUUUCAGUCAUUCCUCCUCCAUGUACUUCCGCCGCGGGGCACAUUGCCGUGUUCAAAGAUCCUCUUGAGCCUCCGAGUCAAAAGGCACCAAGGAUACAGGAAAACAUCCUGAAUCCAGAGGACAACCAGACAGAAUUCAACUGCACUCUGUUCAACGAGGGAACAAAUAAAUACUGUUUUGAGUUUAGACGUUCAAGCAGAAUAGAUUCUCCUCCGCAAGCAAAAGAAUGUGUGCUCAUUCUAAGGAAUAUUGGACACUGGAGUCUUUGGCAGGCCUGGAGUCCGUGUAGUGUGACCUGUGGAGACGGUGUCCGUGAGCGUAAUCGCGAGUGUCUCGCCUCAUUCCCAGUCCUGUUAAAACAAGGUUGCAAUGGGAUGCAUCAGGAGAUUUCUCCAUGCUCUUUGGAGGAAUGCUCUACCACAAAGUCUACACCAAUCAGUACUCUGCAUCCUGAAGGAAGCCAGGGGGGCAGUAAUAACCUGGUAACUGUUACUGGCAUAUCUCUGUGCUUAUCUAUCAUCUUUGCAACCAUCCUUAUCACUUUAUGGAGGAAGCUUUGUAAGGCCCAGAAGUGUAGCACCCCUGUGCGCUGUGACUCAGCCCACUCACCCGGCUUUCGGAAGAAUUCUGAUGAGGAGAAUAUCUGCCAAGAGAGACGGCAGCGAGAGAGCUUUUCUGAGGGAGGAGAAGCCCCGUGUUCAGAAUCUCUUGAGAUACCUUUGAAUUUCAGGAGAAGCUGCCAUUUUGCUCAAGCAGAAGAACAAGGAGGAGAAGUUUCUGGUACUGAGAGCUUUCAGGCCAAUGCUCAAAAAAUAAUCCCCCCAAUUUUCAGCUAUCGCCUUGCUCAGCGGCAGUUGAAAGAAAUGAAGAAGAAGGGUCUCACGGAAACAACCAAGGUUUAUCAUGUUUCCCAGAACCCUCUGACUGACACCAUGAGCACAGAAAACCAAGAGGCAAUGGCGACGGCAAACAAGUUUAGAAUCAAGUCUCCUUUUCUGGAGCAGCCACCCAACCAUCUCAAUGUAUCUGGGGAAAGGCCAUGUUCUAGGGCAGAUUUUACACUUCCUCAGGCCAAUCCCAUCCUGAGCCCCAGCCAGACCUUAAUUCGUCAGCUGAGAUAUCAAGACAGAGGAGAGCAGCCAGGAAUGGGCUAUCCAAGAUGCUCACAGUUCCGACGGACAGCUAGUUUUCACGAAACAAGGAAAGCCAAGCCAUUCAGAAAGAGAAGCAUGUCCACCCUUCCACCACGUCAGACUCCACUCUACCCUUGCCGAGCCAGAACAAGGGACCACGUUCCAGAAGAACAACAUCAGCUUAAAUCUAAAGACAUCGAGAAUAUAGAAGAGCUCCGCCUGUAUCACAGCACUGCUUCAACUAAUGAACCCUUGACCUAUGAGACACAGAUUCCCCACAAAUGGGAACCUCCUGGGAAGAAAACAGAUCUGGUCAGUAGUCGUCAAACUGCUUCCCAGGUAUUAUGUGUUGAAAGACCAGAGCAGAAGAGAAACAAAAAGGUCCCCUUUCAGAACCACAGGGAUAUUUGGAGGAAAGAAACUCCCACAUUGGCCAUCAGAGAGAACCAACAGAGAGCGAAAACUCUUAGCCCUACCCAGUAUAGAAAGAGCAAAUGCCAGAGCUUCCCAUCAGAUCCCAAAUACCACUUUUAUGACAAUACUUCUUUUGGUCUCACUGAAUCAGAACUGCAAAUCAUUGAUCUGCCUGGAUAUUUUGGCUCAAAUGAAGAAGGUGAAACGAGUACUCUAAGCAUGGAAAAACUGGUGCUCUGAAUGUCAUUCCAGAGACACAGAAGAAACUGUGG